CCCUCGCCCGCCGCGGCGGCGGCGGCCCAGUCCCCCGAGGCUCUGCUCUCCAUGCUGCAGUCCUCCACCGCGGGUGCCGAGGGCGUCGGCGUGCUGGGCACCUCCGCGUCCGCGGCUACCGGGUACGUGCUUCGUCCCCAGGAGAGCGCGGCUUGGGCCCAGCGCCUGGCGCCGCUGGUGACGAACCUCCAGGGCGUCCUGUCCACGGUUGGCCCCCAGAAGUUUUGCCAGAUGAUGGACCGCGUGGCGAACCCCAACGACUGGAGCCUCGUGUCCGAGGUGAGCGCCGGUUUGCAGAGGGGCGCACGCCUCGAGGUUGUGCAGGACUCGGAGAUUGCCGCCGCCAUCGAGGCGAGCGCCGUCGCCGUCGCCAACACCGGCGCGCAGGUGCGCCUCAAGACGGUGGCUGUGGACCAGAGCGUCGUGGGCGCGCCGGGUCACAACAACACCGGAUCACCGGUGAUGGUGUGCCGCGUUGACCGCACGGUGGAUCCCACCCCGGGCCUCACCCGCGUCGCCGCGUUUGCGCUCCACCUGGAGCCCGUGAGCCAGCUCUCGGCGGCGGAGCCCCCGUACCUCUGCCUGGUGUUUGCCUGGCUCGGCAUGCGCCAAGCUCCCUCCUCCGCCGCGGCUGUGGUUGCCUCCGGCGAGGGCGGGUCCUCGGCGGCUGCCGCCUCUGCAGGCGGCUCGGGCGGCGGGUCCUCGGCGGCUGCCUCGGCUGGCGGCGGCGGUGGUGUCCGUCGUCCGGGUGACUGGACCUGCCCCGGGUGCCACGCUCACAACUUUGCGUCGCGCAGCGUGUGCUUCAAGUGCAAGAACGCCAAGGCUGGCGGUUCCGGUGGUGGGGGUGGCUUCUCCGGCGACGUCUCCAAGUCGUCCGAACCCGCGGGUGGUCCCACGGCGGGCAACUUCCGCCCCGGCGACUGGAUCUGCACCGGCUGCCGCGCGCACAACUUUGCCUCCAGGUCUGCGUGCUUCAAGUGCAAGCAGCGCAAGUCCGGCGGUGAGCAGAGCUCGGCUGCGACGCAGUCCUCCUCGGGCGGGUCCGCUCCGGAGAACUUCAGGUCGGGUGACUGGAUGUGCAACAACUGCCGGGCGCACAACUUUGCCUCUCGCGCGGCUUGCUUCAAGUGCUCCUCCAAGCCCCCGUAAAGGGCGUCGGCGCAGAGAUUGACAGCACAGUUGACAACACCUGGUCUUGAACUCGCGCGACGCGAGGGCGAGACCGAAUCAAGAAGACAUGAAAAAUACACAUAAACAGUGAAGAGAAGAGGGUUGGAAGAGGGUGCAGAGGGUGCUACGAGGGUGGGUGUGUUUCAGUAUGUGUGAAAUAGGGAAGGAGGUCGACGCGGAGUCGGUCUCUCUUCGGGUAGCUGAAAAACGUAAUUCGACUCGACGCAGUUUGAAGG